AUGGAUGAAUCGAACUUCAGAAUCAGUGGUGAAACUGCAAACAAGAAGCGCCAUCGCGUCCCUCGCAACGAGCGCCUAAUCUGGCGUUACGAUAUCCGCAUGCUAAAGGGAAUCAUUCGGAAGAACUCCGGCAUCACAGUUAACGAAAGAGUCUUCUUCAAUGUCUACGGAUCUAAUUUUCAAAACCUCGGGCCUCUCUAUCGAGACCUUAAACUUUACACGUCAGAGGUUUUCAACUUGCCUCGAAACAAGCAGAAUCAAGAGAAGCAGGUUGAUACCAGCCUGGUCAAGGACAUGACAGAUACCGUUACCAAGUAUUCGGAAAAGAAAACGCCUGCUGUGUUUGCUGUUAUUUCUGGUGACAGUGACAUGAUUCCAGCAGUGAAACAUGCUGCUUCUCAUGGCUAUGUCGUUCAUGUAUGGUCUUGGGAAAAGUCCACUUCUCGUGACUACAGACGCCUUCAGCGAAAUUCGAAACGGAGAGGUCUUAUCACGCUCGCAUACUUUGACGAGUUCCUGGCCUCUCUGACGUUGAGGAACACCAGAAUUUUCUUAAAGGGCACCUUUAUCCCUCGUGAUGGUAUCGUGUUUGUUGACCCACAAGACCAUAAAAUUGACGUUGCCAAACGAGCUGGGAAGCUGAAUGCCGGCAAUGUCAUCUUCACCAGGAGAUUGGAUGAGGAAUAUCAUUUGCGCACCGACAUUGUUCUAGUCCCAAAGAGGGAUCCUCCGCUUCAAGAUAAGGUUCUUCGGUUCGUGCUGCAAAGUCUCGACGAAGACGGGCGGCAGGCUAUAAGCUUCGCUGAGUAUUUUUACAGCGUCAAGCUGCUCGGGCUAGACGACCCCUAG